AUGGCUCCUUCGGAAUACAGAUUUGAAGACUCUCCUGGGCUAACUUUGUCUCAAGUGAACUCUAACGUUGUUCCCCAUAGAUGCAAGACUUCCAAUGAGCAACAUCACAAAAGACACAGUGCGAUAGCCGCUUUGGUCAAGGAUAUCAACCAGAAGAGCAACGUAAAAGCUCCGUCCAUUAGAGUCGAGAAAAUAGCAAAUGCUAUCCACGGAUACUCCGAAGCAUCUAUUCUGAAUGAUCGUCAGGCCCUUGACAGUGCGCUGGCAAAAGAUCUCGAUUUGGGAGAGCGGAUCACCCAAAUCCGGGGGAAAACACUGAAUGAGAAUCUUAAAGACCAAGAGAUCCGCCAGAUCCUCAGUCGACUUGGAUUCGAUAAAGAUGUCUCUCUCGAACCCAAUGAGCAAAGAGCAAUGCUCCUGCCCCUGGUAGAUGCUAUUACCAGUGACAUUGAAACCGUCGCUAACGAGUCAAGAGAAACGUUGAAACGGCAGCUAGGGUACUAUAAGUACGCAGACAAACGCGCCUAUAAUGCCAUAACUCGGAACCUGAGCUCCCUGAGUCUAGAAAGAGGGGGAGAGGACAGUGCUGGCGACUCGGAGACUUCUGCAGCAGCCGAGGAGGUCUCCGAAGAGGAGUCUCAGGAGGAAGAAGGCGCAAAAGAAGACCCUACGACCAACGAUGCCGUUCCCGAUCCGAAGCCAGAAGGCAAGGAGAACAACGACGUGAAGGUGGUCAAUACGUCGGCUCAACGCAACGACGGAAUGAAGUUGAUCUUCGUAUCAAAUAGACCUAAGAGAACUGCUUUUCCAGAACCGAGGCCCCUGAGAGAAAAGAACGUUUAG